UCUUUUAUUUUCUCCCCCUGCUUUUACUGUUGUGUGAGGCUAACAUAUUGUUCAACAAAAAUGUGCCAGACACCUAGAUUCGAAAGUAUCUCUUCCACAUUGCCCACUACGAAAUAAGGACAAACCUUCAGUUAUGCUGCACACAAUGAGUCCGGUGCUAUUGCUUCAUUGAACAUUUUGAUCAAUAGGAUUUAAAAGGAAAUAAAUUUUGAAUAUGGUAAACGUUUAGUGUUAGAAACUGUUUCACCUGCAAGGUGAACAUUAUGGAAGAAGCGGUGCCUUUCAUGACAACAAAAUCAAAAAAUACGUUGGGAGUGACGCCUCGAAAGUUGAAAAGUUCAACGCUAUCAGAACAGGAUAUUUCUUAGCGAUAGUAGAUCAAGCAGUUUCCCUAAUGGAAAAAAAGAUUUAAACACUUGGGAUGCUUCAAUCUUUGUUUUUCUGUACCGCUUGAAGAAUCUACGAGCUUUGAACUACGAUGAUUUGUUGAAGUGCUGCUGGGAUUGGGAUACAAUUUUAACUUGUGCGCAGAAUUGAGGAUUUUUGGAGAAAUAAUUUCUGAUAAUAUCAUAUGUCUUCGGCACAUUUGGCUCAUCUUUGCCCAACAUUUGAUGUUGUAUACAGAAUUAUGUUGACAAUUCCGGUGUCCGUUGCAAGCGCGGAAAGAAGCUUUUCAAAUUUAAAACUUAUAAAAAAUAUUUACGAUCAACAAUGUCGCAAACCAGACUGUGCCUUUCAGCUAUUUUGUCAAUCGAAAGGGAACUUCAAUCAAAAUUGGAAUACGAGGAUCUUAUCAACCAGUUUGCACAGCUAAAAGCCAGAAAGGUUUCGUGACUGAAUCAUCUGUGACCGUCUAAGCAACUACUUGGUAACAAUUCAGGUGUCAAACUAGAAUAUAACCAAACAUGUCUAUGUCAUCAUCACCUUCAAACCUGGAGGAUUCAAUGAAUAGCAGCUCAUUAACUGUUGACAACCAAUGGAAAGUUGAGAAAUAUAUAGCCGAGAGAUUGAGCAGACAAUCUGGGCCAUCCAAACUGGUACCCAUUGCAAAAUGGACUCUAACAAUCCUUCUUGGCUCUUUCAUCACUUGCAUAUUUGUUGCUACAAAACUGUCAUUCAUUUCGCUGGCCAGAUUUCUAAAUUCAGUGAAGCCUACUUCCAACAAUUUUGACCAUAAAGAGUGGGUCUUCUACACUGGUCACUAUCUCCUCAUUUACUUGACCAUAGCUUUGCCAUAUUUCUUACUGUUUCUGAGGUCUGCUUGGACAGGCCUAUGUCAUAGAACGGUGGUCUGGCCAACGAAACGGGCGAUGAUUUUGUGCGUUUUAGUUGGAAUUUUGGAGCCUUUUGGUUUGGUAAUCCUGGCUUUGAAGGUGCUUCCCAACAUGACGCCAACAUUAGGUGCUUUCACGAUGAGUUCUUUAAUUGCUUUCUCUGUUGUCGGGACAACCAUUGAAUCUUUCAAACACAGAUUUCAAUUUGUCUGGAAGGCUUGCAACAUUGUGUCUUUGAUUUUACUUUUCGGUGGUAUUGGACUGGUCAUCUACAUGGUAGUGGAUACUAGGGGCAUUAGCAAGGACAUAUGGCACCUUCCUGUGUGUAUUGCAGUCCUGAACGUUGCAUGGCUACCGUGGCUACUGAAAUGUAUGACAGAACAAGCUGAGUCAGGAAUUGAGUAUAUAGACGAUGUCAACAUUUGCAGAGGAUCAGAGUCUACAUCCACCACGUGGAAGUCAUCGUUCAUAACUUACGGAGUCAAAAACCUGGCCACAUUCUUUUUCUGCUUCGUCUUCUACUACCUGGAUACUGACUUCCCCAUCAACUUCACACAGGAAAUGCUCUCGGUUUUCCUCUCGGCUUGGGAUUUCCACACCAGCAUCAGGGAUGCUCACGUCUGGGCCAACUUCGGCGUCAAUCUGAUUGGCGGGCUGGUCGGCUACAUCUUGGUCGCCGUCACGUGUCACACCAACAUGCAACGCGGCUGUCUCGCGCUGCCCCUGGUCUUGUCACUUCCGGUUUCAGUGAUUGUGAUCAAAGUUCGAGAGCUCUGCAAUGACUUCAUGGAUGACGACGUCUACUGCCAGUUCAAUGACGGCAAGUUGGCGCUGGUCGUGAUGGCGGCAGUGGCCUUCACCUUGGGUCACAUGCUCUCCAUAGGGAGACACUCAUUUGAAAAAGAGUUAGUUUAUUUACAGAAAGAGCGAGAGCUUUUCUGGGUUCCUGGGUACAACGGUGCAGUCCUUGACGUCUUCCUUUUGUUGAAUCGUAAGCAAACGAUUGAGAUCACAAUUAGAUCCAGAUCUAGACGCCAGAAACUUGGAUGUAUGAAGACCAAAGUCUACAUUUGUACGACUAUGUAUCGAGAGGACGAAGGGGAAAUGAAACAAUUGUUAGAGUCAUUAGGUCGUGUCAACUUGGCCCAGCAAGAAGGCGAGACGUACUUCGAGUCACAUAUUUUCUUUGAUGCUGGAGUGCGCAACAACAAAAUUUCAGAGUUUCCACUGAUUCUUGUCUCUUUGUUGGAAGAAACUUUAGGUGUAAAACCAGAACAUUGCACAAAGGUUGUCACACCUUAUGGUUUAAAGCUGAGUUGGGGGCUACCUUCCUAUAAAACCAAAGCCAAAAUGAUAUUUAGCAUUCAUUUAAAGGAUAAUACUCUGGUGAAAAACAAAAAGCGAUGGAGUCAAGUGAUGUACAUGUCUUAUGUCCUAGACUUUCUCAAAGAUUCCGCAACAAAUGGAGGGGAAUCCUAUAUCUUGACAACUGAUGCCGAUGUCAUGUUUACACCUGACUCUGUCGAGGCGUUGCUUGACCUGAUGACCAGAGACACUUCAAUAGGGGCUGUAUGCGCCAGGACACACCCGAUGGGAUAUGGUCCACUUGUUUGGUAUCAGGUGUUUGAGUACGCUGUUGGUCACUGGUUUCAAAAGGCCUCGGAGCAUGUUUUGGGGUCGGUGCUUUGUGCCCCAGGAUGUUUCAGUGUGUACAGAUGCAGGGCGCUGAGUGAUGUCCUUCCUAAGUACUGUAAGAAAGUGGAGUCUGCCUUUGACUUCCUGACUAAAGACAUGGGAGAAGACAGAUGGAUGUGUACUCUGAUGGUACAAAGUGGAUGGAGAAUUGAAUACUGCGCAGCUUCAGAGAACAGCACCAACUGCCCCGCGGAAUUCGAAGAGUUCUUUAAGCAGAGAAGGCGUUGGAUUGCUUCAACCCUGGCCAAUUUAAUGUUGGUUAUAAGGGAGUGGAGAUAUAUCUCCCUUUUCAAUCAUCGCCUGGGUGUUGUAUUUCUUUGUUAUCAAGCUCUGUUGAUCUUCUCAACUCUGAUAGCCCCCAGUAUGGUGAUUUUGGUCGUAGCAGGCGGACUUCAGUAUGCUUGGAAUGUUGACGUCAUAUCAAUGAUUCUCCUACAAGUUUUCGCUUGCUUCAUCUACACAUUUAUUUGUAUCUAUACUUCACAAGAUACUCAGAUGUUUGUUUCUAAACUCUACACAUUUCUCUACGCCGUGGCCAUGUGUGCUGCUGUUGUGGGCACUGCUGAACAAGUGGUAGUGGAUAUCUCUGAAGAGUCAGGAUCGUCCAACGCCUCCAAAAGUUCACUGCAAGUGACGCCAUCAGGGGGACCAAACCAGCAUAUCAGUAUCUACCUACCAGUAUCAGUUACAACAAUCUAUUUGGCAUUUCUGAUUGGUGUGUUCUUACUUGGUGGAGUACUGCAUCCCCGAGAGUUCACCUGUCUCUUCCAUGGUAUUUGGUAUCUGCUGUGUCUCCCUUCAGCCUACCUGGUGCUUAUACUCUACAGUAUUUGUAACCUAACGGACUCUAGCUGGGGUACAAGAGAAGAAACUAAAGUAACUGUUGGUUAUACAUCUCAUUGGUGGUCUAGUUUCUUUAUGAAAUGGUUCAAGAAAAUAUUCUUCUGUUUCCGAGACAAGGAGAAAACGUCUGGUGUCAGUGUGGGUGUACAGACGCAGGUGACAUCCUUACCACAGUUGUCAAAACCAAGUCUUACUGGAGAUGGUUUGGACAAAGCUAGUGGCCGUAUUAGUUUUAUGGACGACCAAUUAAUAUCUGGAGACUUUGCUUCCAAUACUGACUACGUAGAUUACGAAUUCCUUUCAAUGGAUCCAAGAGACGAAAUUAAACCUUUGGACGUAGAUCUGUGGUUGCCUCAAGAAUUAAGCAUGAUCUACUCUGAUGUCUUCAAAAUGCACGGUUAUGAGAACACACAUCUUAUUAAGGGACUUACAGAGGCGGAUCUAAUUCAGAUGGGGGUGAACCGCAAAGGGCAUGUCCAGUUUAUACUUAGUCUUAUAUCCACCCUGCCAGCAUUUGAGAUAGAGUACAAAGUUCCGAACAAUGUUGAUGAUUGGUUGGAGGAAAUAGGUUUGUCCAUGUACCGAGACAAAUUUUACAAAAACAAGAUCAAAACUUUGAAAGAAAUGGAGAUUUUAAAAUCUUUCAACACCAAAAUGAUUUAUGACCAGUUAGAGAUAAAAAAGCAAGGUCAUAUAAAACGUUUGCUGUAUGCUAUACGGAUGCUGAGAGAUCCUUCAGAAGCUCAGAAGAAAAUUAUCAGGAUGCGUCAACUUCUAGAUGUAGUAAACUUCAAUGAUCUGAAGAGAUGCAACGUUGGAGAGUUUGACUUUUGGACCUCACUCAGGUCUAAAUGUCUAGAACCAGACCUCAAAGCAUUUGGCAUGGAGGCAGAGAUUAAAGACAAACUCGUUGGUCUACGAAACAAUUGGAUACUGGCCAUAGCAGUGGCCAACACUUUAUGGCUGAUCCUGCUGGCCACUAUUGCAAGCGAAGGAAAUCUAACCGUCAUAGGAGCUAACCCAAUAGGUUUGGUUUUCUUGAUUAUAUUUGGCCUGCUGUUUUUGGUUCAGUUUUUGGCUAUGAUCGUCCACAGGGUGUCCACUUUAUGUCAUUAUGUGGCGAGGGCGCCGUACACCUUUGGCAACCCUCUUCUGACUACUUGGUCUUUCCAAGACAAGUUUGACAACUUGGUUCGAGCUACUUAUGAUUCCGGGGCUGAAAGCGAUAAUUUCGGCAGAUCUGUCAGUGAUGAAACUCCUUUGCUGAAAGAAAGACAUUUGACAGAGAACGUUUGAUUAUAUGCACAAUUUGUUUGUUUGGGAACAGUGUUGAUACAAUUAUUAGUAAACGUUUUAUUUUGAUGAUAUAUUUUCACCCACUCUCUCUCUUUCCUUUUCCUCAUCUGAUUAAUAGAGUUAUUGACAAUGUAAUUAUAUAUUUUUUUAAAUGCCUAGCCCCCUGUGUCUAACAUUUAACCCAUCGUUCAAAUUGUUUCAAUAUUUAGUUUUUCUUUUUUUUUUUUUAUAAAAAAAUAUCAUUCAUAAAUGUUUUGAUUCAUGCUGUUGAAGAUAAUUAAUUUAAAAAAAUGGACUAUUUAUAACCUAAUUGAUUGCAUUUUUUCAAUUCAUUGUUCGUUUAUGAUAAAUUAUACUGUGGUCAAUGAUAAAUAAAGAAAACAAUAGUUUGUCAUUUGUAAUGAGGAAGACGAAAGUAUAUUUUUCUUUGUUAUUUACAGACGUUUAUAUUGUGUUCAACUCGUAUACAGUUAGCUUUCAGUGUCUUUGUCAUAUUUGUUUUUUGAAUCUUUUGCUAUGUAAUGAAUGAUAGUAAAAAAACAACAACAACUAAAUAGACUUUUGAAAUAUAUUAAUGUUAUUUUUUUUUAGAUUUAUUGAAUUUUAACAUAAAUGUUUAUUUUACUGAAGUAAUUUUUUUAUUUAAAUUGUAUAACUGAUUUUAAAAUCUAAAUAAGCAGCAAAACACAUACACACGUACUUACAUAAGCCCUUGCAUUUAAACACAGACAGUGCUAACACACAUACAUAUAUUUAUACAUACAUAUGUUGUUGUAUUUUCCAUGCUGUUAGUUCUAUUAUAUAUUUUCAACAUAACAUUUGUUUUUGUUUUUCUGAACUAUGUCUAACCAAAGAAAGAUGAUGAAACAAGCAAAAGAAAAAAAAAGUAAAACAAAUCAUAUUCAAGGGGGAAAUACUCAAUAUCACUGCUAUAUAUUUUAAUGAUGCAGGAUAAGAUCUUUUUUUUUCCUAAAUAAAGAAAAUUAUUUAAUUACCACUAAUUGAUUAAUUAAUUGUAUUUUUAACUAGUCCAUGCAUUGUCAUCAACUAUUUAUACAUCCCAAAAUUUCAACUUAAUCCGAGAAAGGGAAGUAAGAAAAGAAACCCCCACAGUACGUACUAAGCGGAAUAACUCCAGUCAUCAGUAGUUUGGCCUCAGUGUAUCUACAACAAAGAAAUGCCCUUGAACCUUAGAGAUUUGAUCACUCCAUAUGUCCCUCAGAGAGCCUUGCGCUCAAUGGACUAAACGCUUUUAGUAGUGCCACGUUUCUCCCUCAAAAGUUACUGUCUGCAGGCUUUUUCAGUGCACGGACCAAAGGUUUGGAACUCACUUCCCAUUGAUCUCAGACAGACAGCAUGAUACACUACUUUCAGGAAGAACAUUAUGACCUACCUGUUAACAACUUUUUUAGAUUGAUUUGUCAUAUUAGCUGUCGUGUUUAUGUUUGUAAUCUUACUAUAGGGCCUUAAGCCUACAUUUUGUUUGUUAACAGCGCUUUAUAAAUAAUAUUAUUAUUAUUAUACAGCUCUCAAUAAGUAUUAUUUAUUUGCUUUAUUCGAUACCAAAGAAAAUCAUUAAUUAGCAAAUAUUAAUUAACUAAAUGGUUUGUUUUUUUUGAUUGAUUCAUGUUUUGCUAGGCACAACAGAUAAUGGUGUUAAGUUUCAACUUGAUCCAAGAAUAUGUGUGGAAGAAAUAACAUGUACAAAUAAUAUAAGAUAUAUAACACAAACAAUAUAUAAGCUUUGUAGAAAGAUAUGUAUUUUAUUGAUAUGUAUUUUUUCCCAUGGUUUGUAAAACCUUUUCGUCAAUUACUAUUGUAUAAAACAUUUAAUUAUCAGUUACUACAUAGCUGUUCAUUUCCAGAUUGUGUAAACUUAUACUCAUCAGCGUUUUAAUCAACUAAACGUUUACUAUUUAGUAACUAUUUAACAUUUAUUUAUCCAUCUAUGUCUUUAUCUAUCUAUCUAUCUAUCUAUCUAUCUAUCUAUCUAUCUAUCUAUCUAUCGAUCUGUCUGUCUGUCUGUCUGCCUGUCUGUCUGUCUGUCUGUCUGUCUAUCUAUCUAUCUGUCUAUCUAUUUGUCAUCUGUCUGUCUGAUUGCCUGUCUGUCUAUCUAUCUUUUUAUCUAUCUAUCUGUCUGUCUGUCUAAUUGUCUGUCUGUCUAUCUAUCUAUCUAAUCAACAUAACAAUAUUUUUUUAAAAUUGUAUUGCUUUCUUCAUACUAAUUACCUAAAGGAAUCUGAGAUAACCAUAUUCUUUCCUGUAAGCUGGCGUUCUUUUUACAGAACUAUUUCAUUUCCUAGGAAAGAAGUUCUUAUGUUGUUAUAUUUGAACUUGUAACUGUAUGAAACAUCAUAAACACUCAUUCCUAGUAGAACGAAGUAGACAUUGUGUUGGGGUCUUCAAAUAAAGUUCUUGUAAUGUCAGUACAGCUCGAUGAAAAAAAAAGGAAAGUGUUUUAAUAAAAUAGAAUAAGAGAGAGUGUUUGUAUGUUUGUGUGUGGGUGAGAUAGAGAGAGAGGAGAGAGAGACUGUGUGAAAAAAAAUAGAUUAUUUAUACAUAUGUUAAAAUGGUAAUUAUUACACGUCCUCUAUCAUUCUUUCAUUUUUCACCUCCUCUGUUAAUUUACUUUUACAAUAAUUAUAACUAUUACUUUGACUCUAAAUAUUUAAAAUUUAUCUUUCUUAAUGAAAACAAAAAUAUGUAUAUAAGCACAUUCUUCCCCAAAAUCAAUUGAACUGUAAGUCUUCUUGUAAAUAAAUUACUGUAUCACUA